UUAAGACUGUUAAUAGUGAAAUAAACAGUACCAUAGAGACUUUAGACCCUGAUUCUGAAUAUAGGGAAGAGGAAUUAGUUUCUUCAGAGACCCAUAAAGAAUCAGUUCAUCAGGAAGAAGUAAAAUCUACAGAAUAUUCUGAGAACAAUUCACCAAUUGGUGAACAGGCAUCAGUAGAUGAAAAACAAUCAUCCGUAGAAGAGCAACCCUCGCAAGUGCAAGAAUCGGUGAGCCUAACUAGCUAUAACAAACAAUCAAAAGACAGUCAGCCUACUUUUCAGACAAAACUAGAACUCUUAUCCAAAUUCGAUGUACAAAUAAAAGUGCGCACAUUGAAAGAAGGUGCAGAAUUUUCUAGUACAACUUCUGAAAGUGGUUCAACAGUUGAAGGCAAGAAAGAUAAAGAUACUGAGAAACGAGACCCAGAAGCAUCAUUCCAUUUUGAAGACCGUAAAGAACAUUUUGAGGAUACAGAGCAUAUAAAAGCGAGUAGGGUGAAUACAGUUUGUGAGAGUGUGAAAAUGGCUGUGCCGAAUGACGGUGACACUAAGAAGACAGAUAAGUUUGAUGUGCAGGUCCGCAUCACUUCUGAAGAAAAUUUAGUGGUGAAAGAACAUGUAGAGAGAAGUCGGAGGAAGGAUACACUGAAUUUGGAUGUUGACAAUUUGAGUUUAAGGUCUCUCUCGGAAGGCGACAACUCUGUGUUUAGCGAAGGCGUGACCACGCCCAUAGACCCGCGUGGCGACGAGAAAGAGACGGAGAACGCGAGCGGCAACGAGUCGGAGGAGGUCGACGAUAUAGAACUCAUAUUCACUACCGACGAGUCUAAAGAUAUGAGUAAUUUGCAGGAGGACCUAGUAUCCAUCCGGGAGACCGACCACUGGCCUCCCUCGGCCUCCACGACGCACUCCACGCCCGUCCUCAUCAAGUUCCACACACUAGACCCUGACUUCCAACCAGGAGAGACCACAGACAACGCUGAAAACGAGAACCAGGAAAACAGCGCCUUACAGGGAGUCUUAGCCGACUCGAGUUUGAGAGCUAAAAGAGUAUCGCUCCCUAACGAUAAGGAAAUUCGUCAUGUAGCUUUCAACAGCAAAGGGAGCUUAGAUCUCCCAGGCAGAGGGAUUUUAAAAAGCUGCGAUAAUCGCUCAGAUAACACCCUCUACAAACGGAGCCCAAACACAAGCACUAGAAGACUUGACAGCGUUGACAGUCUAACCUGCGAGUAUAACAGAGGCCUAAGCUUCGAUAACACAAAGUCUUCGAGCUUCGAACUUGGGUCUAGUAUGGAUAUACUUCAUAGGGAUGAAAGUGUGGAUAGUUUUCAUAAGACUAGCCACUUUGGACAUAGAUUUUCUGUGUUCGCUGAGAGGGAUAUCUCGAAAUGUGGGACUUCGGAGGACGAUCUGUAUAAUAAUGUGAGGAGGAAUACUUGCCCGAAUCCGUUUCAGUACAGACCGGCAGGUUACCGCCUUCCCCGCGGGCCCCUCAAGGCGGGUGCCCUAGGGCCUCGCGCGCGCCCCGUGCUGCGCGAGACGGGCGCCCCGCGACGCGAGUCGGGCGCGCAAACUGACGUGUGCGCACUACCCAACCGGUGGAGCUCCGACCAGUACCUGGCUAGCAAGAUAUCCCUGCCAUCAAGAUCCAUAAUGCCGACGUUGCCAAUUCGCUCCGCGCCAACGCGGCGACUCACCGUGCCGGCUCCGAAACUAGCCGCGCCGACGGUCGCUGAAGACACACGCGUCUUGCUCAGUGACAUUGGAUUCACGUCGAUGGUGCCAGAGCUAUCGCGAUCCGCGGACCCCGUCUGGGCGCUCGGUCUCCGGGCCUCCAUGGAUUUGGAGUCCAUCCCUUCCGACCACUCCAACUACACCAAGUUUUUGGCGCGUUCGUCGCGCUCCCCAAGCACAAGUAUGGACCGGAGCUACGACCGCCUGCCGCACUACGCAAUGCCAUCCAAAGUGGACUGCCGGCAGUGGCGUGGCUCGCUGCCUGACUUCCGACGCGACGAUACUGAUGAAUUACUGGAGGAAGCUGAGACGUAUCUCCGCCGCUCCAUCGAUAACCUGCGAUCAACCUCCAUAGAACAAGAUCGCGCGCAGAGCAUAGUGGGCCAGCCAUACGUGCCAGCAGAGCCGCGUCAGCUCCGCCUGGGACACGCAGUGAAGCUCAUCGCUCCUCACGGCCGUAUCGCUGUAGGCCGCGUGCGUUACGUGGGUAUCGCGGGUGGCACGGCGGCCACAAGCGGCGUGGUGGUGGGCGCGGAGCUGCCGCUGGCGGCGUGCCCCGGCGCGCCCAGGAACGACGGCACCUACCGCGGCCGCCGCUACUUCCUCGCCGCCGCGGGCCACACCGCGCUCUUCGUGCCCUUCAGCAAGGUCGUCAUGGCGUGGGCUCACUAG